AUGGAGCCCUCAUCGGACAAAAUCGACUGCAUCACAGUCAUCAUCCCUAUCUCGUCUUGGGAAGGUCAGCCUACGCUCUUUCGAAUCUGGGUAACCGCGCGGUUUGUGGGCGUCGAGGUUAUCCCUCAGCGAGGGACAACGAAUCGCAAGCCGGGUUUCAAGAAGAGCCAAGAUGUCAGCGACCAUGGACCCGACGAGCUUCUCAUCCCGCCGGCAGGCAACUACGAGCCUUCCUCAGUUCCAUCUCCCCGCGCCGGGAGAGAUUCCCAGAGUGACGAGCGAUGGCCUAAGUCCCCUCUCCAGCGCCAACACCGGGAGCUCUCAGGGCUCCGGCGCGGCCGGCGGGCUCGCUGGAUAUUACGGAAACCAUGCCCACGGCUCCUGGCCCACGCCGGGAGUGGCAACAGCUCCUACACGUUUGGUUCGACAAAUCAGCAGGGCCAGUCACUAACGCAGUCGGCGUACGGGAAUAGGGGGUCUACGGACAUUCGCAUUACGGCCCACGACAUCCCCAGUCCCCACCCAACGCGAACGACGCUCUCCCCCUCCGACCUACGACCAAACUCACCACCAGUCGUAUCAGUCCCAGCUGCCUAG